CUAAAUUCCGAAUCUUUCAAGGAAUUCACCCCUCCGCCCCCGCCUUCUAUAAAUGCCUCUCCUAUUCUCCUCAAUGGAAAUCUCUCUCCCUCUCUCUCUCUCUCUCUCUCUCUCUCUCUCUCGUUGGUCUCUGGUUCUCUGCUCGGAUCUCCCUGAGCUUUCUGAUCGCUUGGAUCCUAGGGUUUUCUCGGAAUUCUAGCUUUUGUGCGGUUGAUUUUGGGGGAGCGAGGUUGAUUUUGAGAGGGGUGGGAGACUGUUUGGUGGAGGCCAUAGCGAGGAGAGAGGGGUGGGCGGGCUGGUGUCGAGCUGGUGGUGUCGGUGGGAGGAAUGUCGCGGGUUUAAUCUGUGGUGGGGCGAGUUUUUGUUCGAUUCGGUUGGAGCUUUGGAGGGGGGAGGUUUAGCGGCGUGUGAGGAAAGAUGCAGCAAGAUCAGCGCAAGAAGAGUCUGAAAGAGGUGGAGUUCUUCACUGAGUAUGGGGAUGCCAAUAGAUACAAAAUUAUUGAAGUUAUUGGGAAGGGAAGCUAUGGGGUGGUUUGUGCAGCAAUUGACACACAUAGUGGGGGAAAAGUUGCAAUCAAGAAAAUCAACAACAUUUUUGAGCACACGUCUGAUGCUCUUAGAAUCCUGCGUGAAAUAAAGUUGCUCAGGCUCUUGCGGCAUCCUGAUAUUGUGGAAAUCAAAAGCAUCAUGCUACCGCCCUCAAAAAGAGAUUUCAAAGACAUUUAUGUUGUUUUUGAGCUCAUGGAGUCUGAUUUACACCAAGUUAUCAAGGCUAAUGAUGACUUGACGCGUGAACACCAUCAAUUUUUUCUUUACCAGCUUCUUCGUGCGUUGAAAUAUAUGCACACUGCAAAUGUUUACCAUCGGGAUCUUAAACCAAAGAAUAUAUUAGCCAAUGCAAAUUGCAAACUGAAAAUUUGUGACUUUGGAUUAGCAAGAGUUGCAUUUAGUGAUGCUCCCACAACAGUAUGCUGGACGGACUAUGUUGCUACGAGAUGGUACAGGGCUCCAGAAUUAUGCGGAUCAUUUUUCACUAAGUAUACGCCCGCAAUCGAUAUUUGGAGUAUUGGCUGCAUUUUUGCUGAGGUAUUGACAGGAAAGCCACUCUUUCCUGGUAAAAGUGUUGUUCACCAGUUAGAUUUGAUCACUGAUCUUCUUGGGACACCAUCAUCUGACACCAUUUUGGGAAUUCGAAAUGAGAAGGCAAGGAAAUAUUUGACUGAGAUGAGGAAAAAACAUCCUGUGCCAUUUGUACAAAAAUUUCCAAAUGCAGAUCCUUCAGCAGUUAGACUGCUGGAAAGGCUUUUAGCAUUUGACCCGAAGGAUCGGCCAACUGCUGAGCAGGCAUUGGCUGAUCCUUACUUUAAGGGCCUUUCUAAGGUUGAGAGAGAACCUUCAUGUCAGCCUAUCUCAAAGUUAGAGUUUGAGUUUGAGAGGCGAAGGCUGGCAAAAGAGGAUAUCAGGGAAUUAAUAUUCCGAGAGAUCCUGGAAUACCAUCCGAAGUUACUCAAAGAGUACAUGAAUGGAACUGAAGGCCCACAUUUUCUUUACCCAAGUGCUAUUGAUCAAUUCAGAAAGCAGUUUAUUCAUCUCCAGGAAAAUGGUGGUAAAAAUGGACCUGUCAUUCCACCAGCUAGAAAGCAUGUGUCUCUUCCAAGGUCUACAGUGCACUCAGCUACAAUACCCCCAAAAGAACAAAAUCUGGCUUUGUUUAAUGAACGGCAAAUUGCAGGUGAAGCAUGUAAUGAGAACUCCAGAGUUACGUAUGCCAUUCAUGGUAAUAUGUUGAAGCCUUCCCGGCCACCACCAAGAGUGCCAACAGCAAAACCAGGUCGAGUUGUGGGACCAGUUUUACCGGUUGAGAACAGAAAAAACAUAAAAGAAGCAUACGAUGGAAGGAUGUUUAUGAGAAAUGGGGUCCUUCCAACCCAGGUUGCAUCUGCACAUUGUUUUCUCAGGAGCAACACUCUGAAUCCGGAGAGUUUUGGGACAGAGACGGGGAAUGAUGCCUCCGAAAGCAAGCCAGUCCAUAGCUUGGCUAUGGACAUGAAGGCAAAUCUGUACUACCAAAACCAGGUGAAGCCAGGCCAGCUAAAUGAGCGAAUUGCAAUCGACGCAAAACUGAUACAGGCGCAAUCUCAGUUCGGCGCAGUUGGUGCCGCAGCCGUUGCUGUUGCUGCUCACAGAACAGUGGGGGCUGCUGCUGCCGUUCAGUUGGGAAUGUCUUAAAAAUCUUUUUGUGGUAAAAAGGGUUAGGUAGAUGAAGGGUUGGGGGAAGUGGGGGAGAGGAAUUUAGCCCAUUCUUUCGUAUUAGUAAUUAUGUCCCUGUAAAAUUGUAGAAAUUGACAUGAUUUAAUUUAUAACUUAAUAAAAAUGACCAUUAUUAUUUCA